UUACUUUUUUUCUACAAUUGAACAUUUAAUUUAUAUAAAUGGAUAGUGAAAAACAAAAAGAUGAAAUCAUUGCAUUGGGAAGCAUUUAUAAUUCAGAAGAAUUUUCGUAUCGCAAAGAAAAUGAUCGGUACCAAUGUACUUUCAUGAUAUUUCUAAAUUUACCUGUAGAUUACCAUGUAAUGUACAAGGAUUUUAGACAAAUGGAUGAACCUAAACAGAAGAUUAAGAUAUCUCAUUUACCACCAUUAACACUUCAUGUCUUUUUACCAGAAAAUUAUCCAUCUGAGUUACCACCUAAAUUUACUUUAUAUUCAUCUUGGUUAUAUCUUUCACUCUUAACUAAACUGUGUAAAAGAUUAGACAAAUUAUGGGAGGAAAACAAAGGUCAAGAGAUAUUGUUUACAUGGGUGGCUUUUUUACAAGAUGAGACUUUGGAAUUUUUAGAUAUACAAAAUAAUCUUAAUAUGAGCCGUGCUUACACACGUUAUAUUCAAACAAAUAAAAUAUAUCAUGCAGACAAAGAAUAUGCUGUUGACAGUGCAAAAAACAAUACAGGAAAAAAGGAAGCUAAUGCUAGACAUUUAAGUAAAAAGAAUUUAUUGAAAAAAUGUCAUGAUAGAAGGGCUGUUCUAGAUUGUCCUAUUGGCAAAAACCCUAUUCAAAUAUUAAUUGAUUACAGUGAAAAACGUAAUCAAAUUGAAUUCAAGAAAAACUUUUAUACUUGUAAGAUUUGUUUUGUAGACAAAUUAGGAGAACAUUGUACACAAUUUUUACCUUGUGGUCAUGUAUUUUGUAAAGAUUGCAUAACUGGUUACUUAGAAGUAAGAAUUAAAGAUGCUAAUGUACAAAAUAUUUAUUGUCCAGAAGAGAAAUGUACAUCUGAAGCAACUCCUGCUCAGAUAAAAGACUUGGUAAGUUCAGAAUUAUUUACAAAAUAUGACUCUAUACUUUUGAGUGUCACAUUAGAUAGUAUGGGAGACAUAAUGUAUUGUCCAAGACGUAAUUGUCAAUAUCCAGUUAGUUGUGAACCAAAUGAACAAAUGGCAAACUGCCCAGUAUGCCAAUAUGCAUUUUGUAUUUAUUGCAAAAUGGUAUAUCAUGGUAUAGAACCAUGCAAAAUUUAUUCAGUUGAAAUACAAAAAGUGAUAGCUGAAUAUCAAGAAUCUUCUAAUGAUAAAAAACUGCAAAUGGAACAACGUUAUGGUAAAAAGCAGCUCCAAACUUUAGUAGAAAAUGUUAUGUCUGAAAAUUGGAUUAAAAGUAAUAGUCAAAAAUGUCCUAAAUGUCAAGCUGCCAUUGAGAAGUUAGGUGGUUGUAACAAAAUGGUAUGUUGGCGAUGCAAUACAUUUUUUUGCUGGUUAUGCAACACUAUUCUUCAUCGUGAUAAACCAUACGAACAUUUUCAUGAUAUUAGUUCCAAAUGUUUUAAUAUGUUAUAUUAUGGUAUACCAAAUCAAGAUGAUGAUGAUGAAGAAGAUGGUGUUUAUAUUUAUAACCUACAUUAUCCAAAUUAUGAAUCGGAGGAUGAAGACUUCUUCGAGGAAAUGUAAAAUUGA